UCCAUUCCAAUGCAUUGGAUAUUUCAUUGUAAAGAGGAACGUUGAAAUAGAAUUCCGAUUGUAGUUCCCUUGGGUCCAGUGACUGUACUGUAUCCAUGGCGCAUGAUAAGAGGUGAUCCAGCGGUACAUGAAAGUCUUGUUUGUAGUGUUAAUGCCUUCAUAAUCAGGCAAACAGCAACAAACUUCUGUUUUCUUUGUCUUUCUUUUUUCCCUUUUGUCCAUCGAUUAUCAUCGUUAACGACCUCCAGGAGGAUCGUCAUUUCAACACUCCUGAUGCAUUUUGCUACAUUACGUAGUCAACCUCUUGUUCAUCAAUUUGAUACUUUAUUCUUCCAACAUCGGGCUCGCUCAGUAAUUCUACCGUCGACGUCAAGCUAUUGGUAAGCUCAGGUAGAUAGCUAUGGCCCCUAUCAAUAUCCUGGCGCGUCUUAAGACGCUCUACGCCAAAAGUUACGGUAGGCCCGGCAAUCAGAAAUGAUCUCGUUUACCUCUAACCGUUCGUCUUCAGAUGAACCGGUCAUUUCGGCCCAGACGGCAGCUUUCUUCUCGGUA